CAAAGAGGUUUUGAGCCUCUGCGGUCAGAACGAAGACUUGCUUGCAACGCGUAUCAAGCAUGCGAGCGCUCUUCCUCGCGCUAGUCGCUGCCAUCCUCUGCGUCGCCGCCGGACGAUCGGCGCGCAAUGACUACGCUUCGGGCGUCGAGAAGCUGCGUGGCCUUAAGGGCCGCGUCCGCGACGGCGUCGUGACCUUUGACACGGAUCUCUACACGGAGGUGGCUGUCGCGCCCGAGCGCCCGUACCAUCUCUUCCUGCUCUUCACGGCGCUUGGCGAGAAGUACGCGUGCGAAGUCUGCCAGCAAGUGCAUCCCGAAUUUACGGUCCUCGCCGAGUCGGUGCUUGCGACGGGCGAGAAGGGCCGUGAUGGCUUUGACAUCUUCUUUGGCGUCGUCGACUUUGACGCCAACCAAGGCGCGUAUGGCAUCCAUGGCUUUACGUCGGCGCCGCAGCUCGUGUACGUCGGGCCCGACCGCACGGAAGACACGGGGAAGAAGCUCCCGACCAAGAUUGAGCUGCCCGCGAACCAGAUCUUUAGCGUCUACACGCAGGGCAAGUCGGCCGAGUCCAUGAUGAGCUACGUCAAGGAAAAGACGGGCGUCGACGCGCCCGUGCUUCGCUCCAAGGCGCUUGCGUACGCCGUGCUCUUUGGCGUCCUCGUUGUGCUCGGCGUGAUUGCGCACUCGGUCUGGUCCAACUUGGACAUGGUCCUCAACCGCCUCCGCCGCAAGCGCGUCUGGCUCGCCAUCUCGUUCCUCUUUUACGGCCUCUCGGUCUCGGGUAUGGUCUACUGCAUCAUCCGCGAGCCGCCGGCGUUCUCGCAGGAGCGCAACGGCAAAAUCACGUUCUUCCACCCGCAGGGCCGCCAGCAGUUUGUUGUCGAAGGCCUCAUCGUCGGCGGCUACGACAUUGUGGCGGCGCUCAGCGUCAUCCUCAUGUCGCAGUCGGCGGUCGCGAUCAAGAACACGACGCUGCGCUACCUCGCGCUCGGCCUCUGCCUCGCCAUGUUCCUCGUCGCCUACCGCCAAAUGGUCUCGGCGUAUGCGUUCAAGAACCCGUGGUACGAGUCGUGGUACUAGACAAACAGGUCCUCGCCAUGUCGACAUGGAGCCGGCGUGCGUCAAUCGAAUGCUUUUGCGACCGUG